GUGUGUGUGUGUAUGAAGGAUGUAAGACUUUUAGAGAAGAAAGGCAGGGAGGAGAGAUCCUAAGAAGAGAAAGGAAGAAAAAAGGAGGGAAUGGAAAGAGACAGAGAAAGGAAAUGGGAGAGGAAGGAGGGAGGACUCCUUUGUAGCUGCUAAGAUUGCAGACAGAAAUAGCACACAACCACCGUGAGCUGUAUGCGACUCAGAGACCAAGACCAAAUUUUAUUCACUUUCAUGAAUCAGUUGCUCAGAGAGAAGGAAAUGACAUCUGGUCCUGUCUUCUUCUUCAUCUUAAUUAUUGGAAAAUAUUUUUCUCAGGGAAGUGGACAGGAUGUCAAGUGCUCCCUUGGCUAUUUCCCCUGUGGGAAUGUCACAAAGUGCCUGCCUCAGUUCCUUCAUUGUAAUGGGGUGGACGACUGUGGGAAUCAGGCCGACGAGGACAACUGUGGAGACAACACUGGAUGGUCUUUGCAACUUGACAAAUAUUAUGCCAGUUACCACAAAAUGACUUCCUCAUAUUCCUUUGAGACAGAAACAUCUGAAUGCUUGGUUGGUUCUGUGCCCAUGCAAUGUGGUUGCCGAGAUCUAGAGCUUCACUGUGAUGAAACCAAUUUACGAGCGGUUCCAUCAGUCUCUUCAAAUGUGACUGUAAUGUCUCUUCAGCAGAACUUAAUAAGAAAACUUCCGUCUAAUGCCUUUGAGAAUUACCAUGAUCUUCAGAAACUGUACCUGCAAAACAAUAAGAUUAGAUUCAUAUCCAUCUAUGCUUUCAGAGGACUGCACAACCUCACUAAACUGUAUCUCAGUCGAAACAGAAUAACCUUCCUGAAGCCGGGUGUCUUUGAAGAUCUUCACAGACUAGAAUGGCUGAUAAUUGAAGAUAACCACCUCAGUCGAAUUUCCCCACUAACAUUUUAUGGACUAAAUUCUCUUAUUCUCUUAGUCCUGAUGAAUAAUGUCCUCACCCGUUUGCCUGAUAAACCUUUUUGUCAACACAUGCCAAGACUUCAUUGGCUGGAUUUUGAAGGCAACCAUAUUCAUAAUUUAAGAAAUUUGACUUUUAUUUCCUGCAAUAAUUUAACUGUUUUAGUAUUGAGGAAAAACAAAAUUAAUUACUUAAGUGAAAAUACUUUUGCACCUCUCCAGAAACUAGACGAAUUGGAUUUAGGAAGUAAUAAGAUUGAAAAUCUUCCAUCACAUGUAUUUAAGGAUCUGAAGGAGCUGACACAAUUGAAUCUUUCCUAUAACCCAAUUCAGAAAAUUCAAGCAAACCAAUUUGGUAAUCUUGUCAAUCUCAAGUCUCUCAGCCUAGAAGGAAUUGAAAUUUCAAAUAUUCAACAAAGGAUGUUUAGACCUCUUAUGAAUCUUUCUCACAUAUAUUUUAAGAAAUUCCAGUACUGUGGGUAUGCACCACACGUUCGCAGCUGUAAACCAAACACUGAUGGAAUUUCAUCUCUAGAGAAUCUCUUGGCAAGCAUUAUUCAGAGAGUAUUUGUCUGGGUUGUAUCUGCAGUUACCUGCCUUGGAAACAUUUUUGUCAUUUGUAUGCGACCUUAUAUCAGGUCUGAGAACAGGCUGCAUGCCAUGUCAAUCAUUUCUCUCUGCUGUGCCGACUGCCUAAUGGGAAUAUAUUUAUUUGUGAUCGGCGCCUUUGACCUAAAGUUUCGCGGGGAAUACAAUAAGCAUGCGCAGCUGUGGAGGGAGAGUAUCCAUUGUCAGCUUGUAGGAUCUCUGGCCAUUCUGUCCACAGAAGUGUCGGUUCUACUUUUAACAUUUCUGACACUGGAAAAAUACAUCUGCAUUGUGUAUCCUUUUAGAUGUUUGAGACCUGGAAAAAGCAGAACAAUUACAAUUCUGAUUCUCAUUUGGAUUGCCGGCUUUCUGGUGGCUUUCAUUCCACUGAGCAAUCAGGGAUUUUUUAGAAACUACUAUGGCACCAAUGGAGUAUGUUUCCCUCUUCAUUCAGAAGAUGCAGAAAGUACUGGAGCCGAGAUUUAUUCAGUGACCAUUUUUCUUGGUAUUAACUUGGCAGCAUUUAUCAUCAUAGUUUUCUCCUAUGGAAGCAUGUUUUACAGUAUUCAUCAAAGCACCAUAACAGCAACUGAAAUACGGAAUCAAGUUAAAAAAGAGAUGAUCCUUGCCAAGCGUUUUUUCUUUAUUGUAUUUACCGAUGCAUUAUGCUGGAUACCUAUUUUUGUACUGAAAUUUCUUUCACUGCUUCAGGUAGAAAUACCAGGUACCAUAACUUCUUGGGUAGUGAUUUUUAUUCUGCCUAUCAACAGUGCUUUGAACCCAAUUCUCUAUACUCUGACCACAAGGCCAUUCAAAGAAAUGAUGCAUCAGUUUUGGUAUAACUACAGACAAAGAAGAUCUACUGACAGCAAAGGAAGCCAGAAAUCAUACACUCCACCCUUCAUCUGGAUGGAAAUGUGGCCACUGCCGAAGAUGCCAUCCGAGUUAAUGAACCCAGAUGAUUUCACAGACCCAUGUGAAAUAUCACUAAUUUCUCAAUCACCUAAACUCAAUUCUUAUUCAUAACUGACUCUGAAACCCAUUUCUCCAUAGAGAAUUCUGUGGAGUUGCUUCAGGAGAAACUCACUGGUGUAAAAUGAAUACCACAAAAUUAAUAGUUUAUAAUAAUGGCUAAGGUAAAUUAAUUUAGAAGGACAUGAGGAAAAUAAAAGUGACUAAUGUUCACCUAAUUAUAUUGAUAAUGUAUAUAUAAGUAUAUAUUUUGCAUAGGAAAUUAAGACAAAUCUACUUCAGAGAGAUUCAUUCAUUCUUUUAACAUGCAUUUAUUGAGUGCCCACUAUGCUCACAGCACUGCAGUAAUUCCUGGAAGUAGACAGUAUGGAACCUUUUCAAUCAGUUUGUAUUUAACUACAAAAGACUACACUAAGUCCAUCUGCAGCUCCUAGUUUAAAGGAAAGCUUUGUCUGUCAUGCAUCUCAGAAAACAUAAGAAUCAUAGGCACUAUUAAAUAAAGAUUUAAGGUUUU